AUGCACAGCAACGAUGGGUACAACGCACGGCUUCGGGAUAGCCUGACUCCGUGUUGGGAUGCUCCGAGUAUGCUGGUUGUGUCCGCUUUUCCAGGCGAAUGCUUCACCGUCACAAUCUUCACCUAUACCAAAUGCCGUGCUUCCCAACGACCCUCACCCACCACCUCCCUUGUCACUCCAACCCUUCUCCAACGACUAACACCCCUGCACCUUCCACUGUACCAAAUCCUUAGGAUCGACCAACUUCCUCUCCAACUCAUGGCAUCCAUCGCAGAAUUUGCCCUGAUCGCCCUCGCACUGCCAGAUCUGUCUGCCCUUCAUCUGCGAGAUCGUAUCUGCAAAUCGACAGUUGACGCCUUCGAUGGUGGGGAACGGUUCGCGCGAUAG